UAUGUGUAGCUUCACGCGCAUUGCUUCCUUACUGCUUACUGGGUGACUAUGCGAGUUUCUGCAUCAUAUAUUUUCAAAAAUGACCAAUAUAGCUACGAAUUAUGAGAAGGAUCAAGAAGAUGCAAAUGCUCCAAAUGCUGAGCAUCUACCACCUGACUCAGACCUCGCUCCAACUGGACAGAAGGAACACAAGAAGUACAAGAAGAAGAAACGCAAGCACGAAGGAAACAAAGAACAAGGUCCAGUCGAAGACAUCUUCUUGACAGCAAGGCCGGAACAGUCCAUGCCAGUUACCCAUCCCGGGAGUGCAACAAGCGCAAUCCUCAAUGGGGCGGCUCUUCCUCCCGAAGUAGAGCCUACAAGUGGACCUGUUCCCACUGAACCUUUUAGUGAUAGCGCUGCUGACGAGGCUCAAGGUCAAGACAUACAAGAACCGACUGCUGUGGCCCAUGAAGAAACCAUUGAGCGCAAGCCAUCGAAGUGCGACGCCUCGCCAGCAAUUCCAGUGUCCGUUGCACCACCUUGUGACAAGUUCUCCAGUCGGCAUGACCAGGACGAAAUGGACAUAGGCAUGGACAUUGUGUUGCUGGUCACCGCCCUUAUCACUUUCAUUGUAUGGCUGAUCUUUCUGUCACAGGAGAAACAACCCAGUGAGAAACACGCCACGAAUGGGACGAAGUCCACGCAUGAGUAACAUUAUCGAUCUGCUACAAGCAACAAUAUUCUAUCGCCAGUCAACUGAAGAAAAUGCACCCUUGGAUGAGAACAAUCAUUCAUCACGGGACUAUUGCUUCCGUAGAAAAUACAUUACAUU